CUCAGGCUGAGUAUUGUCCAGAUGUUCAGCCUUAUUGUGACUAUGACAACACACAUCCUACCAGAGGUUAUUUUACUCCUCAUCUCUCUCUGUCACACAUGCACACGCACACACACGCACACUAUUUGCCUCUCUCUUCCUCUCCCUGUUCUGAGUGCAGCUCCCCCUCAUAUGACUGUGGCUAAUGGUACAUUCCCAGCUCCUAGCUGUGUGAUUAGUACAUUCCUAGCUCCUAGCCGUGUGAUUGGUACAUUCCCAGCUCCUAGCUGUGUGAUUGGUACAUUUCCAGCUCCUAGCCGUGUGAUUGGUACAUUCCCAGCUCCUAACCGUGUGAUUGGUACAUUCCCAGCUCCUAGCCGUGUGAUUGGUACAUUCCCAUCUCCAGCUCCUAGCCUUGCUGAAGCCUCUCUGUCUCCACUGCCAGACAGCCUGCAGGGAGCAGCUCUAUCCUUUCAGACAGCCAGUGUGUGUCGGGGAGAACGUUGCUGCCGUGUUUCUGUGUGUGAGAGUGUGUGUGUGUAAUAAUAUAUGUGUGCAUGACUGUGUGUUUGUGUGUGCGUAUGAGUUAGUGGUUUAAGCAGCCUCUUAGGAUGAGAGGCAGAGAGAGACAGACGGUGCUGUGAUUGAGAGUUGGCAACAUCACCUCUCUGCCGCCUCACCCAGUCCUCAUUCUGCCCUCUGCUCCUCUCCCUUUCCUCUGGCUCUGAUCUACAACACCGCUGUGAUGUCUUCUUCUCCAGGAUACAUGGACGGCAGCCAGAGGAAUAGCUCGGAGAAGGUGCCACCCCAGGUGAAGGAGGCAGAGCCUGCCCAGGUUAAGUUAAAGGAGGUGGAUCCUCCCCAGGUGAAGCCAAAGGAGGUGGAGCCUGCCCAGGUGAAGCUGAAGGAGAGGCAGAAGUUCUUUGAAGAGGCAUUCCAGCAAGACAUGGAUCAGUACCUGUCCACCGGCUACCUGCAGAUCACUGAGAGGAGAGGGCCAAUAGGAAGCUUUUCGUCCAUGGAGGUGAACGUGGACAUGCUGGAGCAGAUGGAUCUGAUGGACAUCUCCGACCAUGACAGCCUUGACGUCUUCCUCCACUCUGGGGGAGAGGACAACAACGCUGCCUCGCCCAUGCUGGAUCCAGAUGUGGAGUCGUUAACCACAGAGAUCACCCUGCAGGUUCCCACCCAGGCUGAGCUAAGAAACAAGCUGUCCUCCCUCUCCUCCACCUGCACUGACAGCCAGGACACCGAGGCUGGGGAGGAUGAUGAAGAGGAUGAAGGGGGCAGGGAGGACAGCAGCCACUGUCCUGUUGGGGUGCAAUCAUAUGAGGCAGAGGUUCCCCCCAACACCGUCCUAGCAGAGAGGCCACCAACCCCACCCAGAAGCAAGACACUUAAACACUUUGAGGACAGCAGCUCACAGGCCACAUAAGGGCCAGGGUAGGAGCUAAGACACGGGCCAGGGUAGGAGCUAAGACACGGAACGCAUCUAAACCCUGAGAGGAUGGGAGCUAAGACACGGAACCGACCAAAACCCUGAGAGGAUGGGAGCUAAGACACUGAACGGACCAAAUCCCUUAGAGGGUAGGAGCUAAGAUACUGAACGGACCAAAACUCUGAGAGUCUGAGAGGAAUAGAUGCUAUGCACUGGAUGCAUGGAGGAAGAGAAGCAUAAUUUAUGUUUACUGUAUUUUCAUCCUUUUUUGUCAUGUUGACAUUGUGUGGUUACAGUAGUAUUCCCCCAAACUAUCUUGACUUGGUAAUAAACAUUUCACCCCCAGUA